GAUUUCUCCUGGCUUGACAAUAGUGUCAACUUGACGUGCACUGGAGGAAGACCAAUUUCGCUUCUGCUUGAUUCGUUGGUGCGUCCAAAUGCUGAUACCGGAUCACCUGAACGAUCAAAACUUCGCUGGAUUUACUGUCCAAGCCGGGCCAUCUCACAUAUGGUAGUAGCCCAGACGUCAUUUGGUGGAUCCUGGAAUGAACAUGAUGACGAUAUGAUUUCAAUCAGUGUGAAUAGUUUUUUGGAUCUUCCAGUAUUUUCGGUCGCAGACUGGCUUGGUGGAAGUAAAUUGGACCGCCGUCUUCCGGCAGUGGCCUAUCGGAGAUAUCUUUCUGAUUACACAGAUGUCUUGCAUAUACGUCAGAAUAUUGUCUGCGACUUUGACGUAACGCAUAUUAAGGUGGAUGGAGAAUUAGAAGAGGAUCGGGCUGCUUAUAAUGUUCGCGCUUUGAAAAAAAUGCUGCUACUCACUACUACAACCAAACUUUCUCGUCAAAAAGUUAUUGUAGUUGGCGAUGGAAUGAGUGCCGCCGAUGCUGUAUUGCACUGCCUCAGUGCAGGCAUCCCUGUUCUUCAUAUAAUUCGUCGAUCUGAUAAACAUUUGCGGCAUAUACAGCUGUCAAGACUUAGUGCUUCUUUGUAUCCUGAGUAUGCCCGAGUGUUCAGUUUAAUGCUGGGACGUUGUGAUGACCCAUGUUAUACCAAAAUCACAAGCGCUGCUGUUAAGUGGCUAAAUAAAGGCAUGGCAUACAUCGAGACGCCAUUAACUAGUUUUACAGAACCAUUCCGAGUACUGUGCAUUUGUAUUGGGAAACAAUCGGAUCUGAAGAUGUUAACAGAGGAAUAUACAUUCCAAGAUUAUUUCUGCAGUGAGGAUCCAACAUUGUUCCGCGUAGGAUCGCUUGCUGGGGAUCACUUUGUGCGGUAUAUUGUAGGUAAGAUAUUGUGA